UUGCAGGAUACUCCAGGGCCUUCCAAUUAAGUCCUCAAAGUAAAAGCAAGCGGCUACGCAGCUGCGCUUCUAAGACUGAGCCGGUGGGUGGCCUGACAUCUCGACUAUUAUCCGCGUUCGAUUGGUCGAGGGCAAAGAUUCGGAGGGACGCCUUCCUAUUUGUUCUGGCGGGAAAGGGGCAGACAUCAGGGAGACCAUUGCUCCGACUGCCCCUUCGGAAAGCCAAUGGAGAUGAGGCGAAGCGGCGAGCGAUACUGGCAGGAUAAUGGAGUCGAUCUGCGAGGAGAAGGCACCGGGGUGGGAAAUAUCGGGUCCUACCAGUGGUUGGGUCAACGUAUGCAGGAUAUUACUGGUGACAGAGGAGUGUUGAAAGAAAUAAUCCGAGAUGGCUCUGGUGAGACAGUCCCUCCUGAUUCAUCAGUAUUAGUGAAAUUUUCAGGAUAUUUGGAACACACGGACAGACCCUUUGACACAAAUUGGUUCAAGAAAAACACCAAACUCAUGAAACUUGGUGAAGACAUUACUCUAAGGGGUAUGGAAGUGGGAUUACUCACAAUGAGAAAAGGAGAGUUGGCAAGAUUUCUUUUCCAACCGAAUUAUGCUUUUGGAACUUUGGGUUGCCCUCCUUUGAUUCCCCCCAACGCCACAGUCUUGUUUGAAGUUGAGCUUUUGGACUUUUUGGACUCGGCAGAAUCAGACAGGUUCUUUGACCUGCCUCCUGAGCAGCAGGAUAGAUUUCCACUGGAGAAAAUUAUAAAGGUAGCAGAAACAGAACGUGAAUUUGGCAAUUACCUCUUCCGUCAGACACGUUUCAUGGAUGCCAAGGAGAGAUACAAGCGGGCUUUUUCAGUACUCAAUCGUACAUGUGCCAAAGAGACUGGAAAAGACAAAGUUGAUGCUGCCAGGCUUCUGGUCUUCCUGAACUUAUCUUUUGUUUGCUUGAAGUUGGAACGUCCAGAUCGAGCCCUAGUCUAUGGCGAAAAAGCCUUAGAGCUAGAUAAAAAGAAUGCUAAAGCCCUUUUCAGAUGUGGCCAGGCAUGCCUUUAUUUGACAGAGUAUGAGAGAGCCCGAGAGUUUCUGGUAAGAGCUCAGAAAGAACAGCCCUUCAACCAAGAUAUUAACAAUGAAUUGAAAAAGCUGGCCAGCUGUUACAGAGAUUACAUGGUGAAAGAGAAGGAGAUGUGCUGUAAGAUGUUUGCCUCACUGAAUUCUCAUUCAUCAAAAGGAAACUUGGAAGGUAAUAGGAUUGCUUGGAGAGUUGGAGAAUCUGGCUGUGCAGAAGAAAGCUGAACUUAAAACAGAAGGAAAACCAUUUCACUUUACUUUUUUUUUUAAUAUAUGGAAGAGCUAUACUUCAUUUGAAAUAUUCAAAGUGGCGUGAAUUGUAUAGUUUUAUAUGCAAAUAAGCACCAAGUUUGCAUAAGGGAUACCCUUAUUAGUGACAUUAUGUUGAAAAGAAGACUCAUUGUAAAAGGAACCCUGUCUCAAUUGAAACAUAUUGAUAACUGAUUACUUGGAGAGAAAUUUGUUUUCCCUGUAAUUUCCUGCCCUAUAGAUUAGGUUCCUUAGGAGGAUGUAAGUUUGAAACCAUUAUGUUUUAUGAUUGUUUGAGAAUGCUCUUAAAGGGUGAUAUUCAUGAGUUAGAAAAAUAAAAAUGGCUUGAAAGAAA